AUGCCGGGUGAUCAGUCCUUAGCCUCAGCAUGGGAGUCGUGUUCGGCCGUGAGAGGGCGGUUUCGCCGCGAACUGCCGUGGCUUCAGUGGCCGAUCCCGGGCAAGGACGCCAAGCCAGGGCCCGCAUCGUCUUCCCCAGACCCGCACUUUCCGUGCACAAGGGCUUUGGAGCUGAAUGCUGCAGUGCUCACCAAGAUGUUAGAUGUUUUCUCGGGUGAGUUCCUGGACAUUGCCUUCCUCACAAAGCAGGAUCCUGCGGUGGCUGAGUUGUUCAGGCGUGUGGAGGCCAUCCGUGCAAACAUCCAAGCACAGCAGAUGGAAGUGGACGGUGAUGAGGCAGACGAUGCCGAUCUUUAUGAAGAUGAUGGAGGUGGUGAUGAUCUGCCCGCUUUGGCCGAUGCUCGCGCAGAGGACGGUGGAAUGGCAGCCGAGGCCGAGGAAGCCGAGGCUAUGGAAGCCGAGGCUGUGGAGGCCAAGGCAGUGGAGACCAAGCCAGUGGAGACCACAGACAUGGAGACCACAAACGAGGAGACCACAAAGGAGGAGACAGUGGGUGAUGUGGCGAUGCACCGGUACAGGUCCAAGCGCUCUAUCGGCUCUAUCGAGAGUGUCACCGAUCUGGCGUCCCCAGGAGCUUCGACUACCUCUUCUGAGUUCGCCAUUCCGACUGAGAUGACCGAGGAGCAGAAGGAGGAGUUGGCUCAGGUUCUUGAGCAGAUCAACCAGCUCAACCUCGAGCGAAAUGGACCAUCUGUGCUGUCCCCAGCCUCGACAGAGUCUCCCACUCCCAGUGCGACCACACCCGUGGUUACGAAUGCGGAAGUCCCAGGAAAUGCCUAUGCAGGCCCACACCACACGGACGAGAGUGACGACAAAACCGGCAAGGGUGGGAAGGAGCCGAUCAGUCCUGACCAGGUCGAGACCCAGGUUCCGGAAGACUUCUCAUCCGGCACAGUGUCCUCGUCCCCGACAUCUGUGGUUACCCCGAGCCCCACCGUUGUGGCCCCGCCAAGCUUUACGCCUGACAAGGUUGAUCGUGCAGUGACAGUGACAGUCACGCCCGCUAUGCAGCGGGAGAAGGCGGCAAGCAAGAGGGUGAAGGGCCGCCGUGGUCCUGGCAAGCGGGGCUCAAAGUGCAAGAGGGUGCGCAAGGCCAGGGAUUCCGGUGCCCGAUCCAGCAAGGACAUUGUGGAUGUGGGUGCUGAUGAGGCCCUUGUCAAAAAGGGCGCGGCCAAGGCUACGGCGAAGGCGAAGGCAAAGUCGAAGAAGGAGAAGCCGGUGCCGGCCCCGGCCGAUGGUGCGGCGAAGGAUGAGCCCCGCCCCCGCAAGGGCCGGAAGCCCAAGGUGCCGGAGGGCGAGUCCCCGGAUCACGAUGUGCAGCGGCACAUCUGGCUGUCGGAGACGAGGUGGGUGUACGAGAUCCUGCCGAACCAGAAGUUCGGGUGUGGCGGAUGCCGUUUCCUUUGGUUUGGCUGCAAGGCCUGCCAGAAGGAGACUUUCAGGGGCCGCAAUUGCGAGCAGAUGAAGGAGGACCCAGCUUACUUGGAGGGCCUGGCUGCAGCGAGCGGCGAGGCUCCCGAAGCGACCGAGGAGAUCCCGGCAGUCCGCGCCCCAACCCGUGCGAAGAAGGCCAAGAAGGCCAAGAACUCCCCCAAGGGUGACGUGUGA